CUGUGUCUCCAGUUGCUUCUGAUAUAAUGAAUAUGCUCUUGAAGCAAAUUGUUUCUCUGCUUCUCUUUCUCCAGUGAAUUGUUUGUUGUAUUAUAAACGAGGUUUAGGAAUUGGGUUAAUAAUAUUGGAGGAUUGUGUUUGUAUUCUGUGUCCGACGAACAAAUGACAUUUCCGAUUUCUAUUGUGCUACGAGCUCAGUGUUUAGAAGGGUUUUGAUGUUCUCUAUUGAAUAUUCAUGUUAUGUUAGUUUGAUGAUUAGAUGAUUUUGCUUUGCAAUUACUGUGUUUUUUUGUCUGACUGGCUCUGAUAUUAUACAACGUGUUUGACUCCGAUUGGUAUCAAUCUUCUUCUUCGUCUUCAGAAGCAUGGUGUUUGGACAAGUAGUAAUAGGUCCUCCAGGAUCGGGAAAGACCACUUAUUGCAAUGGAAUGUCUCAGUUCCUCUCUCUAAUGGGCAGGAAGGUUGCUAUUGUUAAUCUGGAUCCUGCAAAUGAUGCAUUACCUUAUGAGUGUGGUGUGAAUAUAGAAGAAUUGAUCAAGUUAGAAGAUGUUAUGUCGGAACACUCGCUUGGUCCUAAUGGAGGUCUUGUAUAUUGUAUGGAGUACUUGGAGAAAAACAUUGACUGGCUGGAAUCUAAACUAAAGCCUCUUCUGAAGGAUCAUUACAUUCUCUUUGAUUUUCCUGGCCAAGUGGAAUUGUUCUUCAUUCAUGACAGUACCAAGAAUGUUCUCACGAAGCUGAUUAAAUCAUUGAACCUUAGAUUAACUGCUGUGCAACUAAUUGAUUCCCAUCUAUGUUGUGAUCCCGGGAACUACGUAAGUUCGCUACUUCUCUCCUUAUCCACAAUGCUUCACAUGGAACUCCCACAUGUCAAUGUAUUGUCUAAAAUCGAUCUGAUUGGAAGCUACGGGAAGCUAGCUUUCAAUUUAGAUUUCUAUACCGAUGUUCAAGACUUGUCAUACUUGGAGCACCAUCUUAGUCAAGAUCCUCGCUCUGCUAAGUACAGAAAACUAACAAAAGAGCUAUGUAGUGUCAUUGAAGAUUACAGUCUUGUUAAUUUUACAACCUUGGAUAUUCAGGAUAAAGAAAGUGUUGGGGAUCUAGUAAAGCUCAUCGACAAGAGCAAUGGAUACAUAUUUGCCGGCAUUGAUGCAAGUGUGGUUGAAUACAGCAAGAUUGCAAUUGGUCAAACUGAUUGGGAUUAUAACAGAGUCGCAGCUGUACAGGAGAAGUACAUGGAAGAUGAGGAAAUACAAGACUGAGAACAGUGCUUGAAACUUUAUAUAGAAGAGAGCUGGUUUAAAAUAUCUCUGAACCAAACCAUUUGACGGUUUGUAUGAACCUUUUUGUGUAUUUUUGAGUUCGGUUUAAGUCUAAACAACAUUGAUUUACACAACUUCCUGGUUUGGUUCACUGGAUUAUGCUAAUUUUCCAGACGACUAACUUUCUGCCAAAUUUUGUCUUUAGACUUUUGAGUUUCUGAAUCACACGUGCCCAUGACUCCAAC